AUGGCCUUCUCCAAGGAGAAAACAACCGUCUCCAUACCGAUUAGGGUAUUCCAACCCAUAAUUCCGAAGGUUUUCACAACCAAUAAGAUAUCUCGAAUUUUCCAUCUCUUUACCCGCACAAAAUACGUUAAGGCACGCCACGGGCCAAUCGAGGGAGCAAGCGGGAGGCAGGCAUCGCCACGGGCUGUCGGGGGCAAGCCCAGGAGGCAGGCAACGCCACGGGCUCGUCGGGGGCAAGCCCGGGAGGCAGGCAUUGCCACGGGCCGUCGGAGGAGCAAGCCCGGGAGGCACUGGCAUCGCCCACGGACUGUCGGGGGCAAGCCCGGGAGGCAGGCAGCGCCACGGGCUGUCGGGGAGCAAGCGGGAGGCACAGGCAGCGCCACGGGCCCGUCGGGAGCAACUAGGAGCCCGGGCAUUGCCACGGGCCGUCGGAGGAGCAAGCGGGAGGCAGGCACGCCACGGGCUCGUCGGGGGCAAUCGGGAGGCAGGCACGCCACGGGCCCAUCGAGGAGUAAUCGGGAGGCACUCGGCAGCGCCACGGGCCUCGGGGGCAAGCAGCGGGAGGCAGGUAGUGCCACGGGCCGUCGGGGGCAAGCGGGAGGCGAUGGGCACGCGCCGCCGGGCGUCGGGAGCAAGCCCCGGGAGGCAGGCACUGCCACGGGCUCGUCGGGGGCAAGCGGGAGGCAGGCAGCGCCACGCGGGCCGUCGGGGGCAAGCCCGGCGGGCGAGCAACGCCACGGGCUCGUGGGAGGCAAGCCCGGGAGGCAGGCACGCCACGGGCCCGUCGGAGGAGCAAGCGGGAGGCACCGGGCACCGCCACGGGAUCGUCGGGGGCAGCCCGGGAGGCAGGCGCCACGGGCCCAUCGAGGAGCAAGCCCGGAGGCAUCGCCACGGGCCUCGCAGCACUGCAGGGCACCGCCGGGGGCCGCGGGAGGCGCGGCACCGCCAGGCUCGUCGGGAGCAAGCGGGAGGCACUGGCACAGCGAGGCCGAGGCAACUGGGAGGCACUGGGCAUUGCCACGGGCAUGUUUUGGACUUGGGAAAGGGAUGUCAUGGGGGGCAUCCUCGGAAGGGGCCUCCUUCGGCAUCCUCGGGAGGGGGGAAAAGGGGGCGUCGGAACCUCGUGGGGCAAGAGGAGACGAGGCAAGGGGGAGGGACGAAUCGGAGCGACAAAGGGCUGAAUCUCAGUGGAUCAUGGCAGCAAGGCCACUCUGCCACUUACAAUACCCCGUCGCGUAUUUAAUUAAAUGCGCAAAGGAUUACGCGGCGCCGGUGGGAAUAGUACUUCAAAGCGGCCGCGGCUCGUCGCCAGGGGCUUGGCCAAUGGCACGUGCCUCAGGGGCGGAGGGCCCCUCUGCGGGUUGCAAGCGAGAGCCGGACACGGGCGUCGCUUGGCGGAUUCGACUUAGAGGUUGGUCAUAA